GGGUCACAUAGCUGACCUGUGGCAGAGGUGGCGUCUCAGCUACUGGCCGUUAGCUGUGCCUUUUGUUUGUGGCAUAACACCAUAUUGCCUUAAUGCCCUCGAAGUUUUAUUUGUCUAGUUUGUUGUUAUUGACAUUGGAGGACAAGUCCUUUUUUUUUUUUUUUUGAGACAAGAGUCUCUCUCUCUCUCCCCCAGACGGGAGUGCAGUGGCGCCAUCUCCACUCACUGCAACCUCCGCCUCCAGGGUUCAAGCAAUUCUCUGCCUCAGCCUCCCAAGCAGCUAGGAUUACAGGCGCCCGCCACCACGCCCGGCUAAUAUAUUUGUAUUUUUAGUAGAGACGAGGUUUCACCAUGUUGGCCAGGCUGGUCUUGAACUCCUGGUCUCAUGUAAUCUGCCCGCCUUGGCCUCCCAACGUGCUGGGAUUACAGGCUUGAACCACCGCGCCCGGCCGUGUUUUUUUUUUCUUCAGUUAAGUGGGGAUAAAAAACGGCACCUACGUGCUUCGGGGCCUGUAGUGAGAAUGGUGGACACGAUUAUUGUCGUUACGGCUCCUAAAACCCAGCGCGGCGAGAGCAGACUACAGCGGUGUCAAGGUUCCAGUCGAGCAAAAGAUGUGAUAAUACCAGCAAAGCCACCUGUCAGCUUUUUCUCCCCGAGGUCUCCAGUCCUUGACCUCUUCCAGGGGCAGCUGGAUUAUGCAGAGUACGUUCGACGGGAUUCAGAGGUGGUACUGCUCUUCUUCUAUGCCCCUUGGUGUGGACAGUCCAUCGCUGCCAGGGCAGAAAUUGAGCAAGCAGCAAGUCGGCUUUCAGAUCAGGUGUUGUUUGUGGCAAUUAACUGUUGGUGGAACCAGGGGAAAUGCAGAAAACAGAAACACUUCUUUUAUUUUCCUGUAAUAUAUCUGUAUCAUCGGAGUUUUGGACCAAUCGAAUACAAAGGCCCCAUGAGUGCUGUUUACAUUGAGAAGUUUGUCCGCCGGGUGAUGAAACCACUUCUCUACAUCCCAUCUCAAUCAGAAUUACUAGAUUUUCUCUCAAACUACGAGCCUGGAGUACUCGGGUACUUUGAGUUCAGUGGCUCACCCCAGCCUCCUGGUUAUUUGACCUUCUUCACCUCAGCAUUACAUUCAUUAAAGAAAGAUUACCUAGGAACAGUACGAUUUGGGGUUAUCACAAAUAAACAUCUUGCGAAACUGGUAUCCUUAGUACACUCUGGAAGUGUGUAUUUACAUAGACAUUUCAACACAUCACUUGUCUUCCCCAGGGAGGUCCUGAACUACACAGCUGAGAACAUCUGUAAGUGGGCCUUAGAAAACCAGGAGACGCUCUUUCGGUGGCUGUGGCCACACGGAGGCAAGAGUCUCCUGCUGAAUAACGAGCUGAAGAAAGGACCAGCGCUGUUUCUGUUCAUACCUUUUAAUCCCCUGGCCGAAAGUCAUCCUUUAAUAGACGAGAUCACCGAAGUGGCCUUGGAGUACAACAACUGUCAUGGGGACCAGGUGGUGGAGCGUCUCCUUCAGCACCUGCGGCGGGUGGAUGCUCCAGUGCUGGAGUCCCUGGCCCUGGAAGUGCCGGCACAGCUGCCAGACCCGCCACCGAUCACAGCGUCCCCCUGCUGCAACACUGUGGUGCUGCCCCAGUGGCACUCCUUCUCCAGGACCCACAACGUCUGUGAACUCUGUGUCAACCAGACCUCCGGGGGCAUGAAGCCGAGCUCGGUCAGCGUGCCACAGUGCAGCUUUUUUGAAAUGGCAGCAGCUCUGGAUUCUUUCUACCUCAAGGAGCAGACCUUUUAUCAUGUGGCAUCAGACAGCAUAGAAUGCAGCAAUUUUUUAACUUCCUAUAGCCCCUUCAGCUACUACACUGCAUGUUGCAGGACCAUAAGCAGGGGUGUGUCAGGCUUCAUCGACUCUGAACAAGGUGUCUUUGAAGCCCCUACUGUUGCAUUUUCUUCCCUUGAGAAGAAAUGUGAGGUUGAUGCCCCAAGCUCCGUUCCUCACAUUGAGGAGAACAGGUAUCUCUUUCCAGAAGUGGACAUGACUAGCACAAACUUCACAGGCCUGAGCUGCAGAACCAACAAGACUCUCAACAUCUACCUUUUGGAUUCAAAUUUGUUUUGGUUAUAUGCAGAGAGACUGGGUGCUCCGAGCUCCACUCAGGUGAAAGAAUUUGCGGCAAUUGUUGACGUGAAAGAAGAGUCUCAUUACAUCUUGGAUCCAAAGCAAGCACUGAUGAAGCUCACCCUAGAGUCUUUUAUUCAAAACUUCAGCGUUCUCUAUAGUCCCUUGAAAAGGCAUCUCAUUGGAAGUGGCUCUGCCCAGUUCCCGUCUCAGCAUUUAAUCACUGAAGUGACAACUGAUACCUUUUGGGAAGUAGUCCUUCAAAAACAGGACGUUCUCCUGCUCUAUUACGCUCCGUGGUGCGGCUUCUGUCCAUCCCUCAAUCACAUCUUCAUCCAGCUAGCUCGGAACCUGCCCAUGGACACAUUCACUGUGGCAAGGAUUGACGUGUCUCAGAAUGACCUUCCUUGGGAAUUUAUGGUCGAUCGUCUUCCUACUGUCUUGUUUUUUCCCUGCAACAGAAAGGACCUAAGUGUGAAAUAUCCCGAAGACCUCCCCAUCACCCUUCCAAACCUGUUGAGGUUCAUUUUGCAUCACUCAGACCCUGCUUCCAGCCCCCAGAACGUGGCUAACUCUCCUACCAAGGAGUGUCUUCAGAGCGAGGCAGUCUUACAGCGGGGGCACAUCUCCCACUUGGAGAGAGAGAUCCAGAAACUGAGAGCAGAAAUAAGCAGCCUCCAGCGAGCACAAGUGCAGGUGGAGUCCCAGCUCUCCAGUGCCCGCAGAGAUGAGCACCGGCUGCGGCAGCAGCAGCGGGCCCUGGAAGAGCAGCACAGCCUGCUCCACGCACACAGUGAGCAGCUGCAGGCCCUCUAUGAGCAGAAGACACGUGAGCUGCAGGAGCUGGCCCGCAAGCUGCAGGAGCUGGCCGAUGCCUCAGAAAACCUCCUUACCGAGAACACGUGGCUCAAGAUCCUGGUGGCGACCAUGGAGAGGAAACUGGAGGGCAGGGAUGGAGCUGAAAGCCUGGCGGCCCAGAGAGAGGUCCACCCCAAGCAGCCUGAGCCCUCAGGCACCCCCCAGCUCCCUGGCAGCUCCCCUCCACCUGCCAAUGUCAGUGCCACACUGGUGUCUGAAAGGAAUAACGAGAACAGGACAGACUAACUUUUUAAAUGAUAUGAAGAAAUCAGAGGUGAAAAUUGUACAUUGGGAAUAUAUUUAUGCAAAUUUUAUUGAAAUUUAUUGUAAAUAAAGAUUUUCUCAGUGGUCUAGAAAAUCA